AUGUUUGUUAAAUUAGCAUUUUUAUUUCUAUUAAUAAAUAAACAAUUAUCUGUUAAUUGUUAUUCACCAUGUUCAUUAAUUUGUUUUAAUCAGACCGAAAAUGAUAUAAAAGCCCCACCUAUCUAUAUAAAUGAUACAAUAAAUGAUGCAUUUAUAUUAUUUGGAAUAAAUUGUACAAGUAAUGAUAGUCUUAUUUAUGGAAAUGUCUCCAUUGAAAUUGAUAAUAAACGUUCAAUUGAAAUAAAAACUAAUUUACCAUUAGAUUUAAUUAAAUUUAAUGAUAAAUCAAAAAAUGUAACAUUUAAUAUAACAAUUCAUGGAAAAUUACUUGGUUAUUCUCAAUUAAUAUUACAUGUUGAAUAUUUAAAUGAAGAAAAAAAAAAAUAUAAUUAUACAAAUAAUAUUUAUAUUGAUAUAGCUGUUAAAAGAAAAAUAACAAUACUUGACACUAUAUUUACAAUUGUUAUUAUUAUACUUGUUUGUAUUGGAACAUUUUUAAUCGGUUGUAGACUUAUUCCACAAAAUCUUUAUGCUAAUAUACGACAACCUACUCCUAUACUUAUUGGACUUUUAAGUCAAUUUUUAUGUUUACCUUUAUUAGCUUAUGGUUUAGCUAAAAUAGCUAAACUUGAUUCAUCAACAUCAAUUGGUUUAUUAUCAACAGGUUCAUCACCAGGUGGUGGAGCAUCAAAUAUGUAUACAGCAAUGUAUGGUGGUGAUGUGGCUUUAUCAGCUUCAAUGACAUUUGCUAGUACUAUUCUUGCUUUUGGUACAUUUCCAGUAUGGAUACUUUUAUUGGCUCGAGAAUUUAUCGAUACACAUAAUGUUUAUUUUCCAUGGGAAAAUAUGUUUAUCACACUUAUUUCUCUUGUUAUACCAGCUGCUCUUGGUUUGUUACUUCGUUCUGUAAAACCAACGAUUGCUGAUCAUUUAACAAAAUAUCUUCGUCUAUUAACAUUAUUAUUUAUAUUAUAUAUAUUAACAUUUGGAGUUUAUACAAAUGUUUAUGUAUUUAAAUUAAUUGAUUAUAAAACAAUAAUUGUAAGUGCUAUUUUACCUUAUUCCGGUUUUAUGAUUGGAUUAAUAAUGUCAUUAAUAACAAGACAAACUUGGCAACGUCUUAUUGCGAUUUUUAUUGAAAGUGGUAUGUAA